UUCCACACCAUGUUCAUGCUUUUCUAAUCUCUAGCUUGCUUUAAUCUGUAAUCUGUAUUUUUUCAUACUUUCAUUUCUUUCAAUUUUUCCACAACUGUUACAACACUUAGACUUUGUACUGGCUUUAUUAACACCUGAAUGUGUAAGAGUUCUGAAGGAACAUCCAUAUCAGAUACCUGUGUAAGGAUAUACCUUUUUUUUUUACCUGUGGAUUUCUCCGAUACACGUGGCAAAAAAAAAAGUUUGUGUUACUGGCUGUGCUCUGUGGUCCGUAUCUAGUGUGCAGAAUCCUAUGGAAUAGCAUUUCCUAUAUGCUACAGUGUUGCUCAGUUUGGCAAAGUUGCUGGGAUUUAAAUUCCAAGUAUUUUUUCAAUCAAACAACAGAGUCCCAGAUGUCCAUCAUUGAUUAGUAUGAAGACUUCCAUUGCAACCCUGAAGGUCAAAGAGUUCCAAUCGGAAAAUAUUAUCUUUUACCAAAGAUGGUUAACAACGAACCUUCCGUAAAAAACAUUGAGCUCUUGAACAUCCUACAAAAAGACUCUACUGAUCAAGAUGAUCCCAACCUUCCAUUGUAUGCUCACCGAAUUGCACUCAUACCCGACCAAAACCACGCCAUGGAUCAAUCGGCUUACGUCAGAAAAACUUACCACCAGGAGGCGUAUUAUCUGUACUUCGUAGCUGUGGUGGGACUUCUGUUGAACCUGCUGGUUGUGAUUUUCGUAUUUGUGCGAAGAUCAAUGAGAAAACUAACUAGUGCUUUCCUUAUACAUGCAUCGUUUCUCGAUUUCCUCAAGGCUGCCUACUGCAUUCCCAUAGCCAAUAAUCUUGUGACACAACUAAAACCGAUGAAAAGUGACUGCAAUUUUUUUGGUGCCACCUAUGUUUUGAUUAUAACGGCUUCUGUGUUUAAUAUGUUAGCGAUGGUGUGUACGGAAGCCUAUACAUUCGGCGAGGUAAACAUCGGUGGAAAUUCCAAGGGAUCGCUGUGUUGUGUUGUGUUUGGAACACUUUUAGUGUAUAUAGCUAGCAUUAUUCUUCACCUGGGACCAACGCUAAUCGGUGGCUAUUUUGAUUUCCAUCCCGAGAUCGGAAGCUGUGCCUUCCCUCUUGGUAAACAGACUGGAUAUGUAGCUAAUAUGAUGUGGAUUGGUAUCCUAACCUUAACUUUAAUUGGUAUUGUACAUUUUAUAUGUAAACUUUACAAGGAAAUACAGGUGAACCAUACCAAUCGCGUCUCCAUGUUGGUGCGGUCGUCAAUUACAAUAAUGGAUGACCCUGUGACGUCUGUAUGCAAUGUUCAGACAAUGAUAAAUGAGUCCAGUCAUCGCGCAAGGCUCUUCAUCCUGAGUACUAUAUCGUUCAUCCUGUGUUGGUAUCCUUUAUUCCUGCUAAUGCUUGUGGACGUCCAUUUCACUGUGUCCCCUAAAGUUUACCAGGCAUUCAGUUUUAUUGCCUGGAGUCAGGGGACUAUUCAACCCUUGUUAUACAUAUGUUUUGAUCGACAUGUAAACCUUCUUGCCAAGUAUGUCUACUGUGACCGAUACAGACAGUACAGCCUCGCUAAUCUCGCUGGCUGGAUGAACCGUGACCCAUCAGCACUGACAAGUACUACAGCCAGUCGAACGGUUCACGGAUCCAAUCGAAUGGUCAAUGAUCCGUGUCAUUUGACUGUGAAUGAUCCGCGGAACUCUCUACCAUGCUCCAAUCGUGGUACGAUAGAUUCUCAUCACAUUAAUAAUGAACUAGAUGAUCAUAAUGAUGAUGCUGAAGAAGAAGAUGAGGGAUUAGAAAGUAGAAAUAGCCAUGAAGAACAGGAAACGAGAGAGAACUCACCUAGAACAUUUGAAUACAACACAGAACGUACAAUAGGAGAAUAUGGAGAACCGGUCUCCAACCCUAGUCAUAAUGGAAAUGAUUAGUAUAGUGUAUAUAGCUCAGACUCUAAUAACUUGAACACCCCGUUUAAUUUGAAGUAUUUCAUUGGUCACAGCCAAACUUCACACUUAAUAUUUGAAUUUACUUAAAUGGAAUAUUGUCCUGCUGACUUUAAGACAAUGAAGUUUGACUGUAUAGACAAAGUAAAUUGCAUCUAUCUGAGGGUGGAGAUCAGGAUAGAAAGAACCAACAAAUGACUAAAGUCCCAGACAUUUGAAUCUUUCCUCUCAUCCUUUACCUUCUGGUACCUGUUUAAUGAAAUCUACUUUUAGCAACACUGCCAGCCGAAAAAAAACCCAAAAAUUUAAAGAAAUACAUUAAUUAGAUUUAAAGUGCCUGCACUAAUAUUCAGUCUGUUGAUAAGUAAUUACAACAAAUACAAGCUCAUUCUAAAGAGUAUGUUUCUAACAAAUAUAUUCUAUCAUUUAUGCUUUAUUAGAUUAACCCUCUAAUUGAAAGUUUUGGUUGAGAUAUAUAUAACAUUGAUACGGCUGUAGUGUCCAGUUUAGGACUCUUGGACAACGUCCAGGGGUGGGCCUGUUUACAUAUCAUUAUCAAAGGUGAGGAAUUUGAAGGUUUCUGUUUUGUAAUCACUUCCUGGAAUGAGUCUCAAAUCCUGAAAUAGCAUGAAGUUAUACAAUAUAUAUCACAUACGGUAAGGAUCUCAAAUGAUCUGCAGUUAUGAACUAAGUCAUCAAAGACUGGGGUGGAUCUAGGGGAAAUGAUUGUGUCGGUUCCUUCAUGCUUAGCAAGAGCAACUGAAAUCUCAACAUUUUCUCUGUAAACUCCAGAUCAGGGACUUAUUAAAGUUGCAAUUUGGGAAAGGAGCAAACCGAAGGCAAGUUCCGGUAACUCCCUUCAAACUGAUACUGACUUGGUCCUUCAUAUGAUAUAAUUUAGAACUGAUGUAUUUUCACAGAAAAAGUUGGCAGAUGAUGGUCUUAAAGCCAAGCAAGUUUUAAAAAAAUAUGAAAAUCAACAAGAUGAAAAUGACUUCAAUACAAAUACAGCGAGUUCCUAUUAUUGAUGAGAACUUUAAGCUCAAUAGGUUGGCCUUGAAUGUCAAUUGGUCUUCAAGAGUGAUCUCCCUAUACAAUUACAUUGUGUGUAAAACAUUCACUGUAUAUAUAAACAGUGUUUAAAACCUUCAUAGGAAACUUCUCAUCUAGAAUUAUUGAUAAUUUCUUGUAAUUUCCAAACUUUCAAAAAAAAAAAAAAAACAUAGUUGUUACAUUUGGUGUUGUGGGUAUGGUCUUCCAUACAGAUACAGGAUAAAUUAAUAUCAAUGUUUUUAUCUAACACUGUUUCCCACCCUUGUCACAAAGUAAGUUUAGGGAAAAGAGAGUCACCAAUUAGGAUAUCAUUGGUAAUAUCACCUUAUUUGUCCAGCAUAAAAGAAGGUUAUUUAUCAUGAUUGCUAUGGUAAAAAAAUAUAUUGAAAUACCAUAAAACUAGCACUUUCAUGAUAAUUAAAACUUUAAAAUGACUGCCGUGAUAAACACAUCAACAUUUCUAAUUCACUGUUAAUAAAAAAACUUCAUCAUCAAAUAUAUGGAUUGGAAGUCCUCUCAAAAGGAGGUACAUGCUGUUGAUAAGGUUUAGAGCAUGUCCUUAAGUUUGCCUUCAUUAUAACAGGAUAUUGCGAUUCAUCUCAACAAAUAUAUCUGGAACUCUUCUGAAAAGGAGGUGAUAAAGUAUAUCAUGUGUCCUUACAUUUAAGUCUGAUGCUAUUUCAACAGAGAUAACAAAUCAUUGUUUAUAAAAGAUAUUUCAUUGAAACAUGCAUGUACUUGAAGCUCUUUUGAAAUGGAGAUAAAUACCAGUGUUUAUGUCUAUAGCAUGUGUCCUUAAGUUAAACAUAUAACAGAUGAGGUCCUAACCCCUGACCCUUGAAGUGUCUCAUCACCAAAUGAACUUUACCAUAAGGUUUUCUUUUGCAUGAGUUUACAAUAUCAGCAAUUAUCUCAUGAAAUAAAACUAUGUGAAAAAUAAA